GGGAGUUGCGACUUGCAUGAUUUAUCCCCCUCGAUGGAAACUGUGUUUAUUAUUUCUUCCCGACUUCUCCUUGUUAAAUAGUUUUCACUUUUUGUACAACCAUCGCCUCGUGCGUUUUCCAUAUCUCGUUCGUCAGAGGCCCAUUAUCCUCCCAAAGAAAAAGUUUCCUGAACCUCAUCUAACGCUAUCACAUAUCAAUCACCAUGUCCGUCGUGUCCCUCCUCGGGGUCAAGAUUGUUAACAAUCCCGCCCCUUUCCUCGCUCCAUAUCAAUUCGAGAUCACCUUUGAGUGCCUCGAACAGCUCCAAAAAGACUUGGAAUGGAAACUCACUUACGUCGGCUCUGCUACGUCUUCUGAAUAUGACCAGGAACUCGACUCUCUUCUUGUCGGACCCAUCCCCGUUGGUGUCAACAAGUUCCUUUUCGAGGCCGACGCUCCGGACCUGAAGCGAAUCCCCACUUCAGAAAUUCUCGGCGUCACAGUGAUUCUUCUCACUUGCAGCUAUGAUGGCAGAGAAUUUGUCCGUGUUGGAUACUACGUGAACAACGAAUACGACUCGGAAGAGCUCACCCAGGACCCUCCUGCCAAACCGAUUAUUGAACGAAUCCGCCGAAAUAUUCUUGCUGAGAAGCCGAGAGUGACCAGGUUCGCUAUCAAGUGGGAUUCUGAGGAGGAUGCUCCAGCCGAAUACCCUCCUGACCAACCCGAAGCGGAUCUGGAAGACGAUGGCGCUGCUUACGGCGCUGAAGAAGCCGAACUCGAGGCUGCGCUGGUCAGAGAACUCGAAGAGGCCGAAAGAGAUGCCACCAAGGGCGGGGAUCACGAGAUGGAAGGGGCAGAGGAAACUGUUGGCAAGGAGGACGAGGAAGAAGACAUCUCCGACGCGGAGAGUGAAGAUAUUGAGGAUGAAAGUGACGAUGAAGAGGAUGACAUCGACGAGGAAGAGGGUGGAGAUCGUGAUGAAGACGUAGAAAUGGGCGAUGACACCGAAUCGAAAGAUACCAACGCCGCCAGCGGGCAUCAUCAACAGCAGGACAUCAUGGUGCACUGAAUACCUCGCAGUUUACCGCCCAUCUUUUGGAAUAUCCUCAUUUUGCAUGAUUUUACGAUUGUGUUACAACGCUUACGACGACCGAAGCUAUUCGCCUGGGCCAUGUUCUCUAAUUUUGCAGCAUUUAUUUACAUGAUAUAGAAACCGCAUAAUUUGAGAAACCUAUCACACC